UGAAGGGAUCUGCUUCAGGAUAUGGAUCCAAAGGGAGCAUGAGAGGCUGAGACACAGCACAGGUCUGCCCAAGCAUGGACGGAAGGGCAGCAGCUUCAUAAAACUAACAGGUCCCACUGAUGACUCUCUCUGACCACAGCCGGGACCACCUCACGCCAUGGAAGCCAACCACGCCACCCCAUCCCCUGCACUGACAACGGCUGCUGGAGAAAACGUGUGUGAGGUGGAUGUCUUUGAUGCAGCUGUGGAUGGGGCCACGCUGCUCAUCAGCCUGUGCGGGCUGGUGGGUAACGGGGCCGUCCUCUGGUUGCUGGGCUGCCGCAUCCGCAGGAACCCCGUCACCGUCUAUGUGCUCAACCUGGCCGUGGCUGACUUCACCUUCCUGCUCUUCAUGCUCACCUACACCCUGCUCUACUUCCUGAAAGACCUCUCCUGCUUCAUGCUGCCCAUCUCAGUGAGGCACCUUGUAUCACUCCUCCUGCUCUCCCUAUUUGCCCACAACAUGGGCAUGUAUCUGCUGGCGGCCGUCAGCAUCGAGAGGUGUGCAUCUGCCUUCUGCUCUGGCAGGACCCAAUGCCACCGCCCCCAGCACCUCUCAGCCGUGGUGUGUGCCCUGCUAUGGGUGCUCUCCAUCACUGUCAUCACCACCGUGACAUCCCUGUGCCUGUCCCACCAGCAUGAGCAGUGCCGUCUGGCACUCAUUGCCAUGUACGUCCUCAACUUCCUCCUUUUUGCCCCAUCCAUGGUCAUUUCCAACAUCAUCCUGCUCAUCAAGGUGUUGUGCAGCUCCAUGCAUCGCCAGCACAGGAGGCUCUACAUUGUCAUCUUCCUCACAGUCCUCUUCUUCCUCCUCUUUGGGGUCCCCCUCAGCGUCUGGAAUUUCAUGCAGCAUUUCAGCUUUGACCCACCUGGGCAUCACCAGGUGUUUUUCCUGCUCGCCUGCAUCAACAGCAGCAUCAAUCCCUUCAUCUAUGUGCUGGUGGGCAUUGGCAAGAGGCACUGCUCGUUGGCAUCCCUCCAGGUUGCCUUCCAGAGGGUCUUCGAGGAUCUGGGUGAUGAUGGGGUGGGCAGCAACAACUCCAUGAUGCACACGCUGAGUUCAGCCCCUUGAAGCCUUUCCACUGCCCCACAUCAGGAGAAUGCUGGGGGGGGACAGGGGUUUGGGGUUUUCCUGGGGAGAGCAAUCAAUAAAUAUCUGCCUUGUGUCCUGUUA